AUGCCCGAAGAAACCAAAGAAACUCCCAUUGAAGUCACUGCUGACAAGACUGAAGCCACUGAAGCCGCUGAUGAUGUUGAUGUGCCCUCUAAGCGCAAUGCUGAUGAGGAACAAAUCACCACUGAAGCUGAAGCCCCCCCUAAGAAGAGACGGCGGAGAAACUACGAUGACGACGUCCCCAAGGAAGAGGAAACUGCCAACAACAAGGGUGACGAUGAAGAAGAUGAUGACGAGGACGACGAGAAGUACGAACACGCGCAGGACGAAGAGGACGAUGAAGAAGAGGACGACUUGGAAAUUGACGAGUCCAACAUCAUCACCUCCGGUAGAAGAACGAGAGGCAAGGUGAUUGACUUCAAGGAAGCGGCGAAGAAGUUGUCUGAAGACGAAGAAAAGGCCGGUACGACUAUUCGUGAAGAGGACGAAGUUGACGAAGAGGAUGACGAUGAGGAUGACGAUGCUGAACCCGACUACCAGGAAUAG